UCAACUAACGAUUAAGUUUAGGUCCAUACAAGGGUCCAUAUGGCCUUGGGUCCUAGGGCUUUGGUAAGGUGUGCAAGGGAGUGCAGGCCAGAGAGAAGCCGAAUGAUAUCCCAGCUUUGUGUCUUGAGACGUUUGGUUUUUACGUAGCAUGUUAUUUGGAUAAAAAUAAUAAGUAUCUAGUACACAAGCCCUGGGUAAUGGAAUUGUUAGCAGUGCUCGAUCCCGACGCACGAGAUGUGUACGACAAUCCCCAGCGGCCUAUCCAGAGAGUUGGGAGAGUUUUCGAUCAGCCAGACCUUUACCUCAUCAAAAGGUAUCGAAUGCCAAGACACAUGCUACUUGAACUGACAUUACAAGUUCGUGAUAGUAUGGCAAGGAGCAGCCGAGGUCGUAACAUAUCACCAGAUGUGCAAGUGGCAUGCGCGCUGCGUGUCCUGGCGGAGGGCAAUUUUCAGCGUCCAUCCGGCGACACUGUGGACGUCAGUCAGCCCUCCGUCAGCCGCGUCCUCCAGCGGUUUUGUGAGGCUGUACUUGCUGCCUAUCCCAAUGUCAUUCAUUUCCCUGGAACUGAGCAAGAAAUCGCUGACACAGAGCGCCAGUUCAGGGACAAGUUUGGCCUCCCAAACGUGCUAGGCUGCGUGGACGGCACACAUGUUAACAUCAAGGCUCCCGUCGUGAAUGAACACCUCUACGUGAAUCGUCACCAGAGGCACAGCAUCAACGUGCAAGGAGUGUGCGACAGCAACAUGCUCAUCACAAACGUCGUCGCCAAGUUUCCGGGUGCCAGUCACGACGCUUUUGUUUUCGAACAAAGUGCACUGGGCCGAAUGCUGGCGUCAUCCCACGGCCGUCUGGGGUAUCUGCUAGGAGACAGCGGAUACCCACUUCGCUCCUGGCUGAUCGUCCCCUUCGACGAACGACAUCGAGAACGCAUGACGCCGGACAAGCAAGCCUUCAACAAGAAACACACACAGUGCCGUUCUGUUGUAGAACGGUGCUUCGGCAUACUGAAGGCGCGCUACAGGUGUUUGGAUCAGUCCGGCGGCGUCUUGCAGUAUGCGCCUGUGAAGGCAUGCCAGAUGGUGGUGACGUGCUGCAUCCUCCACAAUCUGUGUCUGCUGGCCAAUCUGCCAGAACCCGACGAGCGGCCACAACCAGAGGGAGAGCCCGAGCCGCCCCAGCCCGAGGUCGACCCGAACGCCGGGGAUGCCGACCGGGCGGCCCUGCUGCGACAGGGCUCCGCGCUGCGCGAUCGCCUGGUGGCGCUGGUUAACGGCCGGUAGAGGAGGAGGAAGAUCACGAGGCUUGACGACAUGCAGUGUGUUCGAGUGUCCGUGUGCUGCGCCCUGGCCCCUGCGCGUACAUGUUCUCUGAGCUGUUAUAGUUGAGAAUAUUGUGAAGCAAUGACAAAGUUAACGCUAUUGCUGUUGGCUAGCCGUGUUUCAAAAGUGAUUGACAUCUUGACAUGUGAUCUUAUAAAUUGAUUUAACCCUCCCCGGCA